GCCUUCAGUCGCUCCGCAGCUGCCGCGCGCGUCCGUCGCAUACUCCAUGCGACUCCGUUGUCCCUCUACCGUAAUAUGGAUAUACAGCACACCCGCGCUCUUAUCAUCAUCAAGUUCUCAUAUUUGUGGUUUCGCGAAGUAUUCGACAAAUAUAAAUGGAUUAUAUUGUAAAGUGCCACAGACGAUUAGUACUAUAAGAUAAUUUACACCUCUACGGUCCCGUUGUUACUAAAACUGUAGACAUAAGAUGGAACGUAACAAAUCGAAAAUGUAUCGAUGGUGUGUGCUUCCUAAAACAGUGAUGUAAUAUAUUUCUAGUGUUAGUGCCCAAAGUCUGAUCUUUAGACUGCGUUAAGUUAUUUAUUAUAGAUAGUUUUAUAUAGUGUGGAUUAUGCUGAUCAAUACUUAUUUGGACACGGAGGAUUUCGUGUAUUUACAUUACCCGGAGGAUGAACCGCCGCAGACCCAAGGGUGUGGUGCUGGCGCUCGAAUGGCGUCCAAGUAUCCACCAAGACCACCGUCGCCGGAGUAUUCUCAGCAGGUGACGGCAUCUACAUCAAGCGAGAUGGGUGAUCGGGGCCGCUACCGCGCACCGCCGCAACCCGAACCCCCGCCGCACAGGGUGCGCGCCGCCGACUUGUUCCCCAAGGGCCGUAUGCAUUGCGACGAGCCCGGACUGGAGAUCAGCUUCACGCCCAUUUGUGGGGAGUUCGUUAAGUUGAUCGGGCGCACAGUAGAUGGCGGUACCAUAGCAAUCUCAAACUACCGACUGCACAUCCAGCCGCGUCGCAGUAACGGACCUGGCGCGUCGGUGCCACUCCGGCUCAUAGAUGCAAUGGAGAUCCGGGACCUGGUGCACUUGAUCGUGCUCUGCAAACACGGAAGGCAGCUCAAAUGUUCGUUCGCCAACAACGAUCAAUGCGUAGAGUGGUGGCGGAGGCUCGUCUCGGCUACAGCUCCCAUGAACAAUGUUAUGGAGACUUUCGCCGCAGCCUACGCCGCAUGGGCUAAGGAACAACCUCCAAUGUCCGUCCACAGGGCGCUGAUGAAGGCGACACAUUCCCAACAGAAGAACUGGUUCAUACCAGAGUUGCAGCGCCUAGGAUUCACAGCCAAGAAUGCGUGGAGGGUGACUAAGGCCAAUGCGGACUACUCGCUGUGCAAUUCGUAUCCACCUCAGUUGAUCGUGCCUUCGAAUAUUGGCGAUGAGGACCUUGAAUCAGUUGCACGGUUUCGUGCAUUAAGACGGAUACCGUCUGUAGUGUGGCGUCAUAGGGGCAAUGGCGCCGUAAUCGCCAGGUCUUCUCAACCCGAGGUCGGUUGGUUGGGAUGGUACCGCUCGAGCGAGGACGAACGACUACUGGCGGGAUUCGUCAGCGCGUGCAUGGCGGACAGGGGGCAGAUGCCCCCAGCCACCAAUAACAAGCAAACAAAGCUUCUCAUCGUGGACGCUCGAUCGUACACUUCGGCCGUGACGAAUCGCGCACGAGGCGGGGGCUGCGAAUGUUCCCAGUAUUACCCGGCGUCAGACAUACAAUUCAUGUCAAUGCCUAAUAUACACAACGUGAGAAGAAGCUUCUUCCAAAUGCGACAGUUAGCGGCGGAACCGAGCGACCAGCCUAAUUGGCACAGCAAGUUAGAAAGUACUCUCUGGCUUCAAUACAUCAGCGGCAUUCUCCGUGCGGGUGUGUUGGUCGCCAGGGCGGUGGCGGGCGGUCGUCCGGCCCUCGUCCACUGCUCCGACGGCUGGGACAGAACCCCGCAGAUAGUGGCCACUGCCCAGCUGAUACUGGACCCUCACUAUAGGACUAUUGAGGGAUUCCGCGUUCUGAUCGAACGCGAGUGGAUAGACUACGGUCACAAGUUCGCCGACCGAUGCGGCCACCAGUUCGGUUCCGACGACCCCAACGAGCGGUCGCCCAUCUUCUUGCAGUGGCUCGAUGUCGUUCACCAGUUGAUGCUGCAGUAUCCGUGCAGUUUCGAGUACAAUGAGGCUUAUUUGAUAAAACUAGCGACACACGUGCAUUCGUGCAUGUUCGGCACAUUCCUAUGCAACUCCAACUACGACCGGACCGAAUUGCGGGUGCCCGAGACCACGGCUCAAGUCUGGCAUUUAUUGCGCGCCCCGGCUUACAAGAACCAUCUGUAUUCUCCACACCAUGUGGAACAGGUAAUAUGGCCAGAAUACAGCGUGCGAUCCCUCCAAUUGUGGACCGCUAUGUACAUCGGGGAGUUCGGAGAAAGAGAGGAGCCGUUGGACGAACAAACCGACACUCCACAACACGUACCACCGCAACCUCAUAAUGUGAUGAUGACCAAAACUCGUUCGUGUGACAAUCUGUUGGGUGAAGAAAAGAGGACAACACAGAGACGCUCUAGUGAUCCGAGUAUUGCGCCCGAUGUCAUGAAACUGUCGAUGGUCGUGUCGGAGUCUGAUCGCCGGCCAUGUCGCGCGCUGACCGACAGCUGCGUGGAUUCGUUGCCCACGCUCAGCGCCCACGACGACGACGGCAGGCAGGCGGGCUCCCACACCGACGACCGGGUCGAUGGCCUCCACCCAGACCAUUUUGAGGGCAUGAGGCCACGUGACAUCGCCAGUAACUCUUCAUCACUAGAACGCGAACUUGCCGGUCCGCUGCCACUCAACGAGGUUCCUUGCGGUUCUCUAGUACCACUAGACAUGGGCGAGAGUGUGGACAGAGUGCCCAGUACCUCGGAAGUUGGUACCCCGGAAGAACCACCAGUUUUUAUGGGGGAUAACUACACUGAUGUACUCGGGAUGGCAGAGAUGACCCGAGAAAUGACCCGCACUCGCAACAUCAGCAUCACAUGGCGUUCCGUGUCUGAAUCGAGCAACCAAUCAUCGACGGGCUUCGACAUCGCCGAAGCCAGAGAUACGCGGGAUCCGUCAUCACGCCCCUCCCCCGAAACUCACACCACCGAAGACGUGGCCAAUCACAACUUGAUAGAGUUGACCAAUCACAACAGGGAGAAUGGCGUCAACGGUUUAAGCGAGGAGGGGAAGUUCUUAGAAGUCGAUUUGAAUGGGGGCGCCACGUCCAGCAGCAUCAGCUCUGAGAGCGAGGGGGAGGCCGCCGGGGUGGCCGCUCCCAGGAGGAACGGUUCCAGGGCCAGGGUCGCCAGCCAGCUGACUCUGUGCCCCACCUCGCCCAGGAGGCUGGCGUGCUGCCAUUGCAGCAGGCGAGCCAGCACCACCAGUGGUGUAGAAACCUCAGGUGAAUCGGUGGUCAGCGGCGAAGGUUGUUGGUGUGGGGUUUGCGGUGGUAACGUGGACAGCUCCACGACCGGGGCACGCUGCGUUUGCGGUGCCGCCGGGGCUCUGCCUGACCCGUUAGAUGGGUUACCGCCAGCCACAGACCCGUUACAAGCGAGGCUUCACCAGAUCAUAUUGUAUCAGAAGAAAGUGGUCGAAGAGCUAAGCGGGCAAUUGCGUUCGGUCCGCGAGGCGCUUCGCCUGGCCUCGCCGCCGGCCAGGCAGGACGCGGCCGCUUCGCCCACGCAGCCAAGCAGCGGCAGCGCCAGCGCCAGCGUAAGCGUGCGUGGCAGCGCCAGCGGCAGCGGCAGCAGCAGCAGCGGGUCCGCCUCCGAGGUGGAGGUGGGCGAGGAGGCGCGGGGGGUGGUGUGGCUGCCGGACAGCGCCGCGCCCAGGUGCCAGUACUGCAGCAACCAUUUCUGGCUCGCCCGCCGGAGACACCAUUGUAGACGUUGCGGCGGCAUAUUCUGCGGCUCGUGCUCCGAAAUGAGUUCGUGGGGCGACUGCGGCGCAGUGCGCAUGUGCAGGCGGUGCCGGGCGCAGCGGUGACGCGAGUCCGCCGUCGUCGCCGCGCACGUCACCUCGCUGCUGAAGCACACGCUACACUGACGCCGCUCCCCGCCCCCCACCACCACCACUUCUGCCGCCCUGGUACUCGUAAACGAAUGUGGGGCUUCCAUGGCGGUGGUUGGAAAUAACGCCGUCGAUCUGCUCGCCACUUCUGCUACCCUGGUAUCUCUGUGCUCUCCGGAAUAGCGCCCUGCAGUGCAGUGCAUAUUUGAGUGGAUAGUCACAUCACCAUAUAAACUUCUCGCCACUUCUGCAAUCUUGGUAUCUUCAUGCUCUCCAGAUAAAGCGUUCUGCAAUAAGUGUAUGGCUUGGGUAGUUCCAUCACAAAGACCGCGUUGUCUACUCGCCAUUUUCGCCCUGUUUCCUUUGUGCACAUUGAAGAUCAUAAAGGCCAAAGAUUUGCCCACCACUUUUACAAACUUGGUAUUUGGUGGAUUCUGCUGCUCUCCAGAUAAAACAAAUCCAAUACAGUGCGCACUGAACGAGGCUGGUUUUCAGCAAUCCUAUCGCCUAGUUACUAUUGCAGUCAUGGGAGCCGGCAUAUCUGGAUGAAAUUGUGAAUUCAUACCGUGACCUUCUAGCAAUCACUGCUGUAUAUUCCUGCAAAUUAGUAACUAGCGCAGAACCUUCUGAAUUGAACUGUGAAUCACUACCGAAGCCGCUGAUCUGCUCGCUUACUGCUGCCCAGGCAUUCAUGACAUCUUCAAUUACGACUACCACCAUAUCUGCUGCCUUUGGUUCAAAGAUUUUGAACUAAUGUGGAAACCUUACUAGCUACCUCUAGAACCUGGCUUGUUUCCACGCCAACCUGUGAAUAAUACGAUAAUUACGAAGUUGAUCUCCUUAUUAAUGUUGCUAUCCUAGUGCAUGUGCUGAGCAGCUAGACAGUAGAAAAUGAUUCAAUCGUCCAUCUUGGUACCAAAAUGUGAUAACGAAUGUUAUAAGAUUUUAAUGCCGAUCAACCAUUCUGCGUUUGGUUUUAAAAUAUGUGCUUUGGAUAUGUAACGGAAUCUUGUUAUCUUUUUGCUAUAUGUGAAUGGAUGAAGGUUACUGAAAGCGAUCCUAAAGUCAUGGUCUUUGAUACAUAGUUGACGCGUUAUAGGUUCUCAUUCCAAAAAAUAUAUUACUCAUUCCAUUUGCUCAUAGUUGACAACUUUUAAACUUCACAAUAUUAUAUCGUUACAUUCACGAGUCAACAAAAAGCUGUUAAAAAGUGUUUACGACGACGACUAAAAAAACAAUUGAUCAAUAAAUUAUAUGACCAUGAUGCUAGGACUGUUUAGACCUAAAUAUUCGCUGAUUGUAUGAAUAAAACAGUUACAUGUAACGCCACAAUUAAAUGAUGUCUAAACAGUUUUUAAGUUUUGCUCUGUUACUAGUCACACCGUUGCGAUAUCAUGAGAUCAUUUCAAUAUGUAUGUACAAUAUAAUUUCAUUGUAUGGUGAAUGUAAAUUUUUUAACCCGAUAAUUUAAUAAUCAGGGCAUUUUGACAUGAUGAAUUAAUUUAUUUAACUUUAGUGCAAAUGAGAAAUAGCCGUUUGGAAGUUUCACUAUUAAAUGUCAGCAUUUGAAAUUGUCGUUCGGAGAAUUAAUACAUAGAAUCUAGUCUUUCGCGAGUGAAUGGCAAGGUUUGACCGCUACGCGGGUGUAUAGCUAGGAAAAUGUUAUAGUGAAUGAUACGCGAAGGCUGAUUUUUCUACGAUAGUAUAUACGUUUUUGUUUUAUUAAUGUAUAAUGUUUGAAUCGCGUGUGGUACGUGAACCAUUUUCAUGAUAAAUGACAAGGAGUUAGUCCGAACCGAAGACAAGUAAGAAACUUUUUGUUAAGAUGCUGUUUAUUUUAUUUUUUUCCUAUUUUAUUUUGUAAAAUAGUGUUUCAAUUGUGUUCUAUAAUUUUGUACAGUAAGUUUUGUUUCACAUUGUCAGACGUCCCUAUUAAGUUUGUUGACAAGUAAGGCAGAUUUACUGAUAAUGAUUAUGAUGAAGACUUAUGUUCAGUCAAUACUUAAUAGGGACUGUCACGUAUACUUUUUGUACCUAUAUUCGACAUGACGUAGGCAUAUUCCGUAGCGCAAUUAAUGUAUAAAAUACAUUUUGUACAUGCGCUACAUUUAUAUCGUUGGUACUGAUGUUGAUUAUAUAAAAUUGUCAUAAUGUGAUUUUUUUAAUUUGGUUAUUUUGACAUUAUUUGGAUUUGUUUGGUCAUAUUGGACAGUAAUCCCCGGCAAGCGCCGUAUAUACGUAUUUUAUUUGUGAUAUACUUUAUUAUACUAAGAGUCUAACAAGCUGUUAUUUGAAGUAUAUGUCACUGGCGAAACUUUAAACCUCUCGCGGUGUGUUCUCGUUAUUUUAUGGUUGACUACUGUUUUUAUUGCGGUUGUCCUUUUGAGUUAUAUAAAAAAAUAUUUGUCUACAAUUAUAUUUGGAGAGUAUUCAGUGGGUUAUUUUUAUGUGUGAAUAAUUACAUUAAUAGACACUGUCCUUUGUCAAAAGUAUCAGAAGCUUUUAACAAACGUGCGGUGUCUCAUCUCAAUGAUUAUUAAAAAAAUAUUACACAGUUCUACUACUACAAGAUAUUUUUUAUUAUGUAUUCUGCCUGUUCCAUAUCAUAAUAUUAUUCUACAAUUGUUUAAAAUUUACGACCUCUAAUGCAGUAGUCAACAGCUUAAUGUAAAAUGAUUUGGUAUAACUGAGGGGAUUGUUGUUAACUUGAUAUAUUUUAUAUUGCAUCGAAGCCGAAAUAAGUUCCACUGUCGAAGUGUAAGGUCGUUUGUGACCAAGAUUAUUGACAUGUGAAAUAAAGCAUAUUUAGUUUUAUGAA